UUGACACGUCAGCUGUAGGUGCCGGACACAUUUAGACGUCGCACACGCCGCACUUCCUGGUUCUUCCGUGUUGAUGUUCACAGAUGUAACCGGUUUUAAGUCAAACGGUAGUAAUUUUCUUCUGUUUUUUACCUUCAUUAAGAGGCCAUCAAUUUGCGAUUAAAUUAACAUAGACUAAAAUCGACUUCCCGUUGAUUUCCUCUGUAAUUCAGCUGUUUGAGUUCCGUUUUUCUUAUUUGGCAUGCAGUCAUCAUCACCAGAUUUUCUCAGGGCCCAACAGGUUUGAUGCCCACUUCUCCAACAUGGAGCUCUCAGAUUUGAUGACACACAAGAACGGGCGGCAGAGGAAGAUGGUGGGUGCCACCAACCCACCUGAAAACAUGAGGUACAUGGACAAAGAAGAGAAGAGCUCCUCUGAACCAGAAGUAGAAGAGGAAGCAGAGGGUCUUAUCAGAGGGUCAGACUCUGAGGACAGGAGGCACAGAGUCCGGCCUGGGCUCCAUGGCGAGUUGGGGAACGUGUUGCUUCUUCUGUUCCUGUACGUGCUGCAAGGGAUUCCUCUGGGACUGGCUGGUAGCAUCCCUCUGAUCUUACAGAGUAAGAGCGUCAGCUACAAAGACCAAGCCUUCUUCAGCUUUGUCUUCUGGCCAUUUAGUCUCAAGCUUCUCUGGGCACCUCUGGUGGACGCUCUCUACUUCAGCAGGUUUGGUAGAAGAAAGUCAUGGCUGGUGCCCACACAGUUCCUGCUGGGCCUUUUCAUGCUCUACCUUUCUGGGACGGUUGAUUCCCUGCUGCAGAGUGAGGGAGGCCCGAAGGUGGUAACACUUACUGCAGUCUUUUUUAUGCUUGAGUUCCUGGCAGCCACACAGGACAUAGCUGUGGACGGCUGGGCCCUGACUAUGUUAUCCAGAGAGAAUGUGGGAUAUGCGUCUACAUGCAACUCUGUGGGCCAGACAGCUGGAUACUUCCUGGGGAAUGUACUCUUUCUGGCUCUAGAGUCUGCAGACUUCUGUAACAAAUACCUCAGAGUAGUGCCCAAGGACACAGGCAUCGUCACCUUGUCAGACUUCUUGUUUUUUUGGGGAGUGGUGUUCCUGGUGUCCACGACUUUGGUAGCCAUCAUUAAAAGGGAAAAUGAGCAGGGCAAAGGAAAGAGGAGAGUCCAUGAGGAGACCGAGGGCGUCAUGGACACCUACAAGCUGCUGUUCUCGAUCAUCAAGAUGCCCACUGUCUUCACCUUUUGUGCCCUGCUUCUCACCGCUAAAAUUGGCUUCUCUGCAGCAGAUGCAGUGACGGGUCUGAAGCUGGUGGAGGCUGGAGUUCCCAAGGAGCAGCUGGCAUUGCUGGCAGUGCCCAUGGUGCCUCUGCAGAUCCUACUACCUGUGAUCAUCAGUAAAUACACAGCAGGGCCCAGACCUCUGGAUGUCUUCUACAAGGCCUUCCCUUUUAGGUUGCUAAUAGGACUGCUGUACGCUCUGCUGGUGUGGUGGACCCCCAGUGUGAAAGAAGAAGGAGGGUUCCCUGUUUACUACUAUGCCAUUGUGCUGCUUAGCUACGCAUUGCAUCAGGUGGCGUUGUACAGUAUGUACGUGGCCUGCAUGGCCUUCCAUGCCAAAGUGAGUGACCCCCUCAUCGGCGGGACCUACAUGACCCUGCUGAACACAGUCACUAACCUCGGUGGAAACUGGCCCUCCACUGUGGCUCUGUGGAUGGUGGAUCCCCUGACCUCAAAGGAGUGUCAGGGGGCUGUCGGGCAGAGCUGUGGCUCUCCAGACGAGGCCGGGCUGUGCGUUAAGGAGGGUGGCGUUUGUGUGACUGCAUUGGACGGCUACUACGUGGAGUCAGUGGUGUGUGUUGUGAUUGGUUUAGCCUGGUGGGUGUGGUUAGGGAAGAAGAUGAGGCGGCUGCAGGAUCAGAGCCCCGCUGCAUGGAGGUGCAGAGCUAAUCAGUGAUGAGCGUAUCAUCAGUACCACAGACUCUUCUUGCACCUCCACAUACUCUGCUCUGAAAACUGUUGAAUGGUGGACACACUUUUAUUCCAUUCUCAUCUGUCUGAUUUAGUCCUUCCGGUCCUGCUCUAGCUGCUGCGUUAAAAAAAACUCUUACACUUUCUCACCUCUGUCACCUUAAAGUACAUAAAUCUGAUGAGAGAUGCCGUUGGUUGGCUCUCUGGAGGGAAACAUCCUUGUCAUUGUUACUUGUGUUAACUGUAACGGUGACAACAACAGGUCAGAUUAGCUUUUUGAAGAACUUGUUUUAUGUUUUUUUUUUUUUUAAACCAUCCUGCUGCUCGCAACAGCCUAACCAAACGAUCGCUGGGACAAAGAGUUUUUUCAAAUAACUUUCUGAGUUUGUUCUUGCCUGCUUGGAUAGCCAGUUUGAGUUUACUGUGUACAAGUACAAUUGAGGUUGUUCUGUGCCUUUUUGCCCCAAAUGUGAAAUAAAAUAACUUGAUCCCCUCCACAUAAAAGAAAUCUUGUAAAGUAACAUUAGUAAACUCAGCACUUCAGACUCCGCACUUCCCAGCCAGUCACCAUUUAAUCUCUAUUAAAAGGAUACUAAAGGGAAACGACAGGCAAAACAUACCAAUGCACUCCUCCAAACUAUCUGAAGUGUCGUGAUGCUGGUUAGUCCAAUAUAAAUUAAACCCAGUGUGAAGACUAUCUUUCAUUGCUGUUUGACUCAAAUCUGAACCAAUAUUUUUUAUUUUUUUAUUUUUAUUAUUAUUAUUAUUUAAUUAGAGGUGAUUUGUGCCUUGUUUAGUGUUUCAAAGUCUUUAAAGCCAACCUUGUUUGAGUUAAAUUAUCAAGGCAGGGAAUGUUAGUGUCAUCAGAAGAUGAGGUUGUUAAAUUGAUGAACAUCCAUUGUGUAACACUUGUUUUCUGUAAUACUGUAGUUUGGUCGAUUACACAAAACAUGACUACUUCAGUUAUUUCUUCACUUUUUUUUUUUUUUUUUUUUUUUUUUACAUACUCUAGAAUAUGAUGCUGAGCACAUUCCUAAUGAAUCAUUUUAUUAUUACCAAUAUCAAUGGUUAAAUGAACUGAGAUGUCUAAAAUAUGAAAUGUUUUUUUUGUAGAAGCAAUCUUUUAUUUUUCCAAACGUUCCUUAAAUCGGAUUAGUUUUAACCAAUAUAGGACAUAUUUGAAUCUUUAAUAGCAAUAUUGGACGGUGCAGCUUUAAACGAUUUAAACCUCUUGGUUAUCAAUGUUGGUAAAUUGUUUUUGCUAAGGUAUUUUUAAGUUGCAAGAAGAAAACUAAUUCAAAAUAUGAUAUAUAAUAUUGAUGCAUUAUGUUGUAUACUAACUAUGAAUGCAACUAUUUAUUACAGGAGUCCAAUAAGACCUUUUAACAUCUAUAAAGUCAAGUUUUGCAGUGUAGAUCAAGAAUCUCUCCGCAGAUCCCAACUGAGUGGGACAUUAACACCAGCCUAAAAAGUAUGUAAGUAAUUACAUAGCGAAUUUUUUGCCCUCCAAAAACAAUUCAGAUCCCAGCCUCAGUGAGAAAUUUGAUAAGCAGAUAUCCUGUUUGUUUUGCAUAUUGUACAUAGAACUGAAUGUUACAGUAUUUUCUCUGAAGCCAGCAUUGAAAGUCCAACUGCUGUCAAAUGUAAAUGUUGAAAUACACAAUCAGGGUUCAUGUAAGGAUAAAAGCUUAAUUUGUAACUAAUUUUGCAUUUAGUAGCAAUAGUUUCUGAUGUGUUAUACCAACUUUGUCAACCACAUGUAAAAGGUCAAACAUUUUUAGAUUACCAUGGUAGCAGUCGUCUGAAAUGCACAGAAGUUCCUUUAUACUGCAUGACUUUGCUGUGAUGUUUAUUGGGCCUUUCAUUUGUAUUUGUACCAGCAUAUCACUGUAAUAGGACCAUAGAAAAUAUGACUCAUUUUCCUGUGAACCUUUUUGCCAUUAACAGGGCACCAUAUUUUUUUGAUUUUCUUUGACAAACAUUAGACAAUGUGACUGUUGAUUUCAGCCAUAUAUGAAUUUGUUCAUAUAAAAGGUUCAUAUUGGUUUUUACUUUACUCUGCUAAAUUGGCUUUUAGGUGGUAGUAAACUGUUACUUCAGAAUUUCAGCAGCAGGAAGUCCAGUGUUUUAAUUUAUCUCACAAGGUUACCUCAUAAUCCUUUUAAUUGAAGAUUUCUUUUGAAUUAGAAUUUUUUUUUUUUACUUUGCAAUUUUUGUUCGAAUCCAAAUCCCCAAUCAUAUAAAGGAAAAGGAUAGCACAGGGUGACAGUAUCGUGAGAAAUUUAAAUAUGCUCAUAGGAUGCAAUGUUAAUGAAAUUUGAAAUAAAAAUACAAAAUUUAAAAACAAA